AUGGAUGCCGGCUCAGAGGUCUUGGACAGGCAGCUGCUGGAUGAGGACACUUUCACCGACAACUUCCAAAACGACAACUGGCCCCCCAGGACCUACCUGUGCUACGAGGUGGAGCAUCCCGGUCAGGGAUCCGGGAUUCCUGCGGGCCGGGACAAGGGCGUCCUGCGCAAUAAGAGUGACCAGGACCCCAGGCUCUCCCGCCACGCGGAGUCCUUCCUGCUGGAGCAGAUCCAGUCCUGGAACCUGAACCCGGAACACCAGUACAGGGUCACCUGCUUUCUCUCCUGGAGCCCCUGUGCUGACUGUGCCCAGCGUAUGGCUGAGUUUCUGGGGGACAACAGCCACGUGAGCCUGAACCUCUAUGCCUCCCGCAUCUACAGCCUGGGAAGCUAUGAGCAGGGGCUGUGCACCCUGAAGAGGGCUGGGGCCAGCAUCGCCAUCAUGACCGCCAGGGAGUUUGAGCACUGCUGGGACACCUUCGUGCUCCACCAGGGAAGAAGCUUCCAGCCCUGGCUGGGUCUGGACGAGGAGAGUCAGAAAUUCUCUGAGACCCUGCAGGACAUUCUCAGUGAGGUGCCUCCCUCCCUCCCUCCCUGCCACCUCCCCUGCCCUCCUCCCUCCUCUCCAUUGCCUGGCCUUUCCCUAGGGAACAAGAUGGGCCUCCAGGCCUGUCACCUAGAGCAGAUGCAGACCGAUCGGGACUGGGUGGGGCUGUGUGACUGGUCCAGGGCUCAGGGCAAGCUUGAGCAGCCUGGCGCGGAGGAGGCCAUGUGCGCGGGUAGCGGGGGCCUCCCCAGAGUGGAGAGCG